AUGCACUACCUCGAUUCUAGUCGGCACUGGGGGCCGUAUCUCCCGGUAAGCGAUAUUCUUGGAAAUAACGCAAGCGACGAGCCUGGAGAGCCCAAUCUCCUGAAAUUUGAUUCGCUCCCUCCACCUCAACUGCUAGAACCUGAUUGGGGAUGGUUGGGUGCCGCGCGUAUCCUCGUAGAAGCCAACAUGAAGGACCUUGAAAUCGAUGGACUGCACAGAUUUACUUCAUUAGAUAGCUGGAGAGAACAGGGCUGGGUCGAAAGCAGCACAAAUGAGUCUACUUCCUGGGACUGGGCGGGUGUAGAAGGCAUCUGGAGGUAUACUUCACCAGUGUCUCUCGCCGACUGGGACCCCUCUGCUGACGCAAUUUUGAGACGCUGCGUAUGCUGGAUUGGCUACUCGCGUCUGAUACGUGCGUUGAUCUCGUUGCUUAUAUGCGUUGUAUUACAGGUGUACGGGGGAUUCGAUGACUCUAGCCUCCGGGAAACCUGCAUAAGUGUGCCCAUGCGCCUUCAUGUUGUCCGCUUCGGCCCGCCCACCAUACCCGAAUACCCAGAACGUCCAGUUAUCGUCUUCGAGGGCGAGUCUGGUGGUCAAGACUGGAUUGAGGACGAAGACGGAGGCGGUAGUGAUGCGCGCAAAGUGCGAGGAACAGUUAGCAUGUUGGCUAGCGGGCACGUCCGUUGGCAAAUGUUUGUCUCGUCAGAGGAGUCUCCAAACGAAGACGAUUGGGUUUCCGAGGCUAUUCAAAUUGGUGGUGUCGCAUCGGGCGCCGGCAUUAUCGGCAUGUGGACUGGCGCACAACACAUGGAUGGGGACCCGCUGGGACCAUUUUGGCAAUGGAGAGUCAGUGCAUAG